CUCCCUCCCCUCUCAUCAUCCUCAUCUUCCCCAACUCCGACUCUCUCGUCUUCCUCUUCGUCUACCUCUUCGUUGUCUAAGCUCCGCAAAAAUGGAUGCGAGAAGAGCGACAUUGCUCUUUGCUGCUUUCACUGUGCUUGUUUCGCUCGUUUCUUCGGCCGAAUACUUCGAUGACCAGAAGAACUACUACACUCCCGACCCGAGCACACAGCCUCCGCCUGCAGUGACCACCCCGCCAUACAGCACGCCACCGAUCCACAGAUCACCUCCCCACGUAAGCACGCCGCCUACCAACUGUGGCACCCCCCCGAGCCACCACCACACUUCACCGCCUUCCGGAGGGGGAGGAUACUACCACUCCCCUCCCCCCACCACCCGGACUCCCACCACGCCUUACACGCCCACUCCCUCGACUCCCACGCCGACGUAUGGGACACCACCGAGCACUCCCAUCGACCCGGGGACCCCGACCACGCCUGGCAUCACAGUGCCAUCGCCUCCGUUCUCGUUCGACCCCAACUCCCCACCUUUCACCUGCAACUACUGGAGGAACCACCCUCAGCUGAUUUGGGGCUUGUUUGGCUGGCUCGGGACCGUGGGAGGCGCGUUCGGAGGUGGCUCUGGAACCGGUGCUGGUACCGGUACAGGUACAGGUACAGGUACUGGAACUGGAACCCCACCUAUUCCUGGGGCAAGCAUGAACUUGCUCGAGGCGCUCUCGAACACCCGCACAGACGGGAUCGGAGCGCUCUACAGGGAAGGCACGGCUGCUCUGCUGAACUCCGUGGCGCACACGAGGUUCCCCUACACCACCAACCAGGUCAGGGACAGUUUCAUUCGAGGGCUGAGCUCGAACCGGGCUGCGGGAGCUCAGGCACAGCUCUUCAAGAUGGCUAAUGAGGGGAGAAUGAAGCCCAGAGCUUGAAGUGUGAUACUACUACUCAGUUUGGUUUUUUACUUGUUUUGAUUUGGUUUAGGGUGGUAUUCUUAUCAUGUUUAUUUCACUGUAAUGUUAGAAAAUCAUGUCAUGGUUUCUUAUUUUUAAUGAUAUUUGUUUAUGUGGUGGUGUGCUGUUUCAUAAGCAUGCCAUUUUUCAA